CUGAUUCUGCCGCAUUCCACCAGAUUCUUGGAGUGAGCCUCACACCUCGCUGCCACCACUCCACUGCCAAUCUUGUUGAGUUGGCUCUCGAAUUGACCGCCUCUCUCUCACAAGUAUUAACUCCAAAGUUGCAAUGGCACUGAAGUGUGUGCACCAGUCUUGUGCCAAGCUGUAUACAGACCCAGAUGAAGAUUGCCAGUAUCACCCCGGCCCACCGAUUUUCCAUGAGGGGCAGAAAGGUAAGUGACUUGGAGGGGUUUGUCAAGCACAAGCAGAGCGAGUCGCAACUCCUUGAAAAUAUUGGAAACUAAAACCGAAUCGAUCAGGUUGGAAAUGCUGCAAGCCUCGAGUUCUCACUUUUGACGAGUUCCUCUCGAUUGCGCCAUGCACAACUGGCAAACACUCCACAACCGACCUCCCACCACAGAUCGAGAAGAAGCAAGGCGGGGAUGCCUCUGAAAUUGCGACUCUAGUCGAGAAGUCCAGUGCUCCAACGCCUGAAGCUUCCCGCGGUCCCGUCUCUGCCCCUCAGCCUACAGCAACUCCCCCACCUCCUCCACCAGAGUCCGAAGAUGACGAUGCUAGCCUCGAAAUUCCAAAAGGCAAGAUGUGUAGAAGGAAGGCUUGUGGCAGCUCAUACACCGGAGAGAGCCGAGAAAACGAAAAAUGUGUAUUCCAUCCUGGCGCACCUGUAUUCCACGAGGGCAGCAAAGGCUAUACAUGUUGCAAGCGAAGAGUACUUGAGUUUGACGAGUUUAUGCGGAUAGAAGGAUGCGCGACCAAAGAUAGACAUCUGUUCAUCGGAAGUGGUGACAAGAAAAAGGGUAAUGCAGGUGGCGAGGAAGUAUUAGAGACUGUCAGGUAGGUCAAGGAACAUCUCCAAGUGGGGGUUUUCACUAACAAUCAUGCAGACAUGAUUUCUACCAAACCCCAACUGCCGCAAUUGCUUCCUUUUUCCUCAAGAAAAUCGAUAAAGAAAAUUCAAAAGUUGAAUUUGCUGAGAGGGAACUGAUACUUGACCUUAUCACUAAAGAUGCGAUCCCAAAACGAUACAAGACAGCUGUGCCUCUUUUUGGUCCAAUCAAUACAACAACAUCAACUUUCAAAAUUCUGGGCACAAAGCUGGAGGUGAAUUUCUUGAAAGCAGACGGAAUCUCAUGGCCUGUCCUGAGAAGUGAUGAGCCGGUCACAGAGAUCAUUCAGAUGGGAAAGGCUGGAAGAGCUUGAUGGAUCCAUCUAUUGCAUAGGGAGUAGUCAUUACAAUAGAAGAAUAAAAUUUUAUCAAAUCAAG